GCCGGCACAGAGAGGAGAUAGAGAAGCCGAAAGCAAACGAGCGCCACAUGAAGAUGCACUUGGCAGGGAAAACGGAGCAGGCCAAAGCUGAUCCUGCUCGUCUCGCCCUUAUCAAGAAACAUGCAGCAAAAAAAGAAAGAGAAUGAGAAAAAAAGUAGGCCAAAUGAAACCAGGAAAACACUACACAACCUGAUGUGGUGACGAAAGCUCAUUGUUAUUAUCUUGGAGAAGCUGAACUAUUCUUUACAAAAUAGAGCAGGUCGACCUGGAAUAUUGUUCUGUUGUAUUCUGGGAGGGUUUGUCAAAAGAUUCCAUAUUUCCUUGUAAUUUAUGAAAUAGUUGAUAUGAAAUCACCACAUAAUAAAUGAUGAAGCCGAAAAAUUCAAUAAAAAAGAAACACUUGCAUACAACACUUGAAAAACUCUAAUCCCAAUUUAUUUCAACCGUCCUUUAUACCUUAUUGCCCUCUGUUAAUACAUAGUGAGAACCCUGUCCUCAUUUAUCAGAGAAUUAUUUUAUGUGUUCAUGCUACAAUAUAUGAUUAAGCACUAGCAAUGGCCUUGACAUUUCUGUUACAUAUGAUGGACAAUUGUACAAUUAUAACUCUGCUAACUGCGCUUUGCCACAGUGUUUUUAGGGGAAUCCUACAUUGCAUAUACCUGACUCGUAAAAAUAUCGCACAUCAUUAAGAUGAACCAGUAAAAUGUGUACAUGUAUGCAUUUAUUUUUUUAGCUUUAUUUAAAUGAAAGAUAAUUCUCACUUAUAAUACCUACAUAAAAAAUGUAUCUUUCUUUUUAAAAGAUUUUAUUUAUGUUUUCAAUUAAUAAAAGAUAUGAUGCAUAAAUAUUCCACUUCAGGGUUCAAUACAUUGAGGCAUGCACCCAUUGGAUACAAUGCAUAAUGCAGAAGUCAAUACUGUUUUUUGUGAUAUUUGGUUUUAUAGCAUUCACCUAUUUCCAGCUAUCCUGCCCUACCUGUGCAAAUAACAGGCCACCGUGAUCUCGUUUGGGUCCACACGGUCAGCACACGAUGGCGCUGUUGCACUUAAUGUGCUGGAUAAACCGAAAAAGAAAAAGAAAGAAUCAGCAGAUUGGUGCAAACUUUGGCGGACUUUGCCCUCGCGGAGGCGCGUGCUGCGCUCAGAUUGAAGUACAGUAAGUCACACGUGCCAGCGGACACGGUCCCCUCUGCACCGGUGAGUAAAACAACCAGUUCAUGUCAUGCGUGUUGCCAUUUACACCAUAUUCAUUCAUUCAUAAAUAACUAACGUGGGUCCCGCAUUAAAAACGUCUUAUUCAGCCGCAUUUCGCGGGUCUGUGCGCUCCAGACGUUUUUUGCCGUUAGCCGUUGUGCAGCUAACGGUCUCCUCCCGACUUCUGCUGGUUCCACUCAAAAGUACUAAAGUAAUACGCUCGCUGAGCGGCCGGUAUGUCGUCUUUGUGACGGCAGGGGAAUAACGUUCACACCGCUCUCAUAGUAAUGACGGCAACGUCGCCUCGUCGCAGCCUUCGUUCCGUGUCUAUCGGAGCGGAUUUAAAGGUGAACGAGAGUCGCGAGACGCGCGAGCGCAGCGGGUGUUACGGGGCAACACGGUCGCCCGUUAACUCGUAACACCUGCCGCCGCAUGGACGCAUCGCGACGUCAGGAGGCCGUGAACGCACCUGUUGGUGUCGCAGACGGCGCGUGGUCCCGGUUACCUAAUCACGUUUCAUCACGCGAAGUUCUGCAGUUGUUCAGCUUGUCGGUCUGUGUAACGGGUCAAAGUUCACUAUGUCACAGCUGUGUUUGUCCUCCGUAGGACAGUGUCCUGGCAGCACCCCCUGCACGGCCUUUGAUAGACAUGCACCCUUAUCAUCUUUAUUUAUCUUUUUUUUUUUUAAGUUGUGUCGUUGCUUUUUAAAUCUGUCAAUGAUUUAUAUUGAGUCUAAACAAAUAAUUAUGCUCCUCCUUAAGAUUCCAACUUGUUUUGACCAGAGAAACAAAGAAACCAUGUCUUUAAAAAACGAGCACAACUUCGUGGUGAGCAAAGAAACGUGGGAUUCGCACAACAAGAUGAUGCUGGAGCCGCUGUCCGUCAGCGACUCUGAGGUGUUCUCCAUCAUAAAAAAGGAGAAGCACAGGCAGACGUACGGCCUGGAGCUGAUAGCGUCAGAAAACUUUGCCAGCAGAGCCGUCCUCGAGGCUCUGGGUUCCUGCAUGAACAACAAGUACUCUGAGGGAUAUCCCGGUCAGAGGUACUACGGUGGUACAGAGCAUGUUGAUGAGCUGGAGAGACUCUGUCAGAAGAGGGCAUUGGAGACCUACGGCCUGGACUCAGAGAAAUGGGGUGUCAACGUGCAGCCAUACUCCGGUUCUCCUGCUAACUUUGCCGUGUACACGGCCGUGGUGGAGCCCCAUGGCAGGAUCAUGGGCCUGGACCUCCCUGAUGGAGGUCACCUGACACACGGCUUCAUGACCGACAAGAAGAAAAUCUCGGCCACGUCCAUCUUCUUUGAAUCCAUGCCGUAUAAGGUGAAUCCAGAAACCGGCUACAUCGACUACGACAGACUGCAAGAAAACGCUCGGCUGUUCCACCCCAGACUCAUCAUUGCAGGGACGAGCUGCUAUUCCCGCAACCUCGACUACAGCCGCCUGAAGCAGAUCGCAAAUGAGAAUGGUGCGUACUUGAUGGGAGACAUGGCUCACAUCAGCGGGUUGGUGGCUGCCGGAGUGGUGCCCUCACCCUUUGAUUACUGUGACAUUGUUACCACGACAACACACAAGACACUGCGUGGCUGCCGCUCUGGACUCAUCUUCUUCAGGAAAGGCGUGCGCAGUGUAGAUGCCAAGGGGAAAGAGGCUCUGUACAACUUGGAGUCCUUGAUCAAUCAGGCUGUGUUUCCAGGGCUGCAGGGGGGACCCCACAAUCACGCCAUUGCAGGUGUUGCUGUAGCUCUUAAGCAAGCCAUGACGUCGGAUUUCAAGGCCUACCAGAUGCAGGUUCUUGUUAACUGCAAAUCUCUAUCCAAUGCCCUCAUUGACUUUGGCUACAAGAUUGUCACUGGCGGCUCUGACAACCAUCUGAUCUUGCUUGACCUUCGCAGCAAAGGGACUGACGGAGGACGAGCUGAGAAGGUUUUGGAAGCCUGUGCCAUUGCCUGUAAUAAGAACACCUGUCCAGGGGAUAAGAGUGCCCUGCGCCCUAGUGGCCUGAGGUUUGGCUCUCCAGCGCUGACUUCCAGAGGCAUGAUGGAGGAGGAUUUCAAGAAGGUUGCUGAGUUCAUUCAUAAAGGUAUUGAGCUGACCUUGGAGGUGCAGAGAAGCCUGGAUGCCAAAGCCACUCUGAAGGAGUUCAUUCAGGCACUCGCUCAGGGAGAGAAGUUCCAGCAGCGUCUGUCACUGAUCAAGGCAGAGGUGGAGGGUUUCGCUGGCCAGUUCCCCAUGCCUGGCCUGCCUGAGCUCUAGAGGGCUGGACUGAGGAUUUAAAAAACUAACGCCACAUUUUGCUGGUGUUUUGGUUUCGUCAGUAUAUUUGUUGUGAGAUGUGUUAAUCCGUCACAGCUCUAAUCAAUAUGCUUUGUCAUUACUUACGGUAUUUCAGGUUGGCUUGGAACAGAUUUUUCUUAAUUGAAAGAUUGAUUUGCAGAAGUAUUGCCCUGAAGUGAUCCACUUUUCCACUGUAAUUACUGUUUCACUGUGAAGCGGAUUGAUGCACAAAACCUGAAUAUUCCUGUCAUACACAACUUAUACUGUACACGUAUGCAACAUAAAUAAUACAAUUUGAAAAUUGUAAAACAAUUGUUGCA